UGUUGCGUUUCAUUUUAGUUUCAGUUGGGUUGUUGUUGUUGUUCCACACACCAAACUACCGAAGGUUCAUUUCGUGGCUUUUUCGCUUAUCUCCUCUUAUUAGUUUGUUUCGUUGGUCGUACAAAUAAAUAAACUAAACCAAUCAGUCCGACGGGUACCAACUACUCUACUCGUUCCUUCAUUCUACUUUUGUUAUUAACAAAAUUACAAGUGAAUUUCGGCUAUAAAAACAGUAAAAAAUUAAAACAAAAAAUAAUAACCAACAUCCAAGGAAUCAACACGUCUCAAAUCUCCUCUUUUUUUGGUGUGUUGUUGGUUAUUAUAAUUCUUGGGUUUCAUUUCGUUUUAUUUCUGUGUGAGUGUGCAUACAACAUACCUUUCUAUUAGUAAGCAACGAAACAGCAGCUAAAACGUCGUCUUCGUAGUUGUUGUUUUAAUUAUUGCUUUGCAUACAACUUGUACAAAACGCAAAAACCAUCAGUGCUGUGCUGUGCUGUGCCUUAUGAAUAAUUAAAAAGUAAAGAAAAUUAAAAAUUUCUAAAAAGUUUACAUUGUUGUUGUUGAGAAGCAAAGUUUAAAAAUCCAUUUCUGCAAAUGAUCAUUUUGUGAAAUCGAUAAUAAAAGAGUCUGUGAGUGUUUCUUCUGCUGCAAUCCCCCUCACGAGGAUCUGUAUCGUGUUCAUUUUUAAUUUCGACAAAGUGUUUUUGUUUGUAAAGUAACAUCAAAAUCUCAAAAUAUACAAAAUAAUAUACCUAUUACAAUAAAUUAAUCAUCUAAAGUGCUCUUAUAUUACAUAAAAAUAAAUCAAAGUAAAAAAGAAACAUCGGAAAAAGUGACCAAGUCUACUGCUAUUCAUUCUUUUCUGCUGCGUUCAAUCGGUAUAGCGCGCUCUCACCAUCUACAAAAACAAGAUAACACAACUAAAUCAAUUUGUUUACAAUUAUAAGUACCACUUCAACUGCCUUAAAUAAAAAAAAACCUCCAGCAAAUACUCGACCAGAGCAAUAAAACCCUCUCCGCCUCAAUAUCGAGUUCAUUCGAGCUUCCUGCAAUUGUUGUUAAGAUUCUUUUUUUUUAUCGACCACUUGUAAUUGGCAUAUAAAAUACGAAACUAAAAUAAGUGCGACGCUGCAAAAUAAACGCGAAAUCCAAAUAUUUUACGACGGUUGUGCUAAAAUCGAAAAUAUUUCUAUUAAUUACUCAUCUAUAAAUAUAAGAACUUAGUUAGUCAAAGUUAGACAGCGAACAAAAUAGAAAAAGGCAAUAACUAACAAGGUUUCAACACAAAGGACCCCCAUUAUAUUUUAUUCUCAGACAUAAGGACACACACACACACCCAGUCACCUACACCGGCACACAGCCAAGGCCAGAAUAUAAUCAGCAGCAGCAGCAACCAUGGAGUCGAUGGAGUACGAAAUGGCACGCAACAUGACGUUGCUGUUCUUCUUGGAGCGUCUACUUGAUAAGGGCGAACCACGCACUGUUCACGACUUGUCGUGCCAAUUUGGCAACAAGGAAUUCACCAAGGAAAUGCGUCAGAUUGCCGGUGGUUCACAAUCAGGUCUUAAGAAAUUUUUGGCUCAGUAUCCUUCGAUAUUCCUGGUGGAUGGUGAUUACGUUCAAGUGAAUUGCUAUCAACAUUCCAAUGCCGAUGAUGGCGGUUUCGGUGGCAGACGUGACUACAUCCAAGAGGCCAAAGACUAUUUCAAAAAUAAAUUGCUACAAUAUGGCGUUGGCGUGGAGGUGCCAGUUCGCAGUUUGCUGGGUCACAGAUCCCAGGCAUCGCCUCAGGUCAGGCAUAUAUCAGGUCAACACAUUAAGGAGUUCACCGAAUUUCUCUCCAAACACACAGACACCUUUCGUGUGGUCGAUGAUCAUGUGGUGUUGGUGGGUUGUGAGGAUAUGGCCGAUUUGCCGGCACGCGAUAGACUGCAUUUGCCCCAAACGAACAUCGAUACACGGGGCACCCAACAAAUGUUGGAUUUCUUUGCCCAGUGCAUUGAGAUGAAGGGCCCCAUAAUGGUGGAUCAGUUGUUCCAUUUGGUCACCACAAAUUUCCCCCAGGAACAAUGGUUGCGCAUGUUUAAGACGCCCAGCGAUUUGAUGACCUUUCUGCGUCUGUUCUCCGAUUGUUUUCACAUUCAAGCCAAUCUAGUCACACUUUUACAAAAACCUAAACUAAGCGAUUCCCAUAUACAACAGUCACAGGCCAAGUCGCGGGAGCAAUACAAUGCCAUGAACAAUAAUCGUCAGGCCCAGAGGGAGAAUCAUCAUUUGCAGCAGUCGUCCCAAACGGGAAGCAUAAGUGCGGUGCAGCAGCGUUUAUUAUCGCCUGGCUUGCGUCUUAAUAACAACAACAAUAAUAACAACAACAACAAUAAUCCAAAUAAUAUCAACAACAACAGCGGCUCCAACAUAGCAUCGCCCAAUUUCAAAUUAAAUGCCCCCGUGACGCCGCACAGCUCCACCACCAAUGCCACAGGCAAUGGAGACAUGUCACAAAAUCGUUCGGAACCCAAUUCCGGUUUCGACAGCUACAUACCCAUAUCGGAGAUGAAAUUGGAAAAUCUCUGUGAACGCAAUUAUCCUGCACCGCAUAGCUGCACCUCGUAUGGUCUGACCACUGGCGGCGGCCAACAGGGCAACAAUCAUCUGCAACCACCUUUACAACCACCUGCCAUAACAUUGCCACCCCAGGCUCCCGCUGAACGUCUAACGAAUUGUGCCAAUCAGACCCUUAAGCAACGCAUCAACAAUUUGGUCAUACGCACCCUGGCCGAGAACUAUGAAAAAGACAAACAAUCCAUGGCCAAUCAACAGGCUGGCUCUGUUGGUUACAUUCCCCAGAAUUCACCGCACAACAGCCCCAAUCACUCGCAAACAAUGGGCAAUUCCUCCCCGUUGUCGGGGGGCCAUUACAAUAAUUCCUCACAACAACUGUCGUCGUCGUCGUCGUCGUCAUCGUACAGCAACUCACCUAGUCAAAAUUAUUUUGUGGGCGAUACCUGGAAGAUAAAGGUCUUGCAGAAUACCAGUGUCAUAGCCAAUAUCAAGCAAUCGAUGUUUGUGACCGAGGCUAUGCUGAAAUUUGCUCAACAAAAUCAAUCGAUUGUCAUAUCGCUGGAUUGUGAGGGCAUUAAUUUGGGUGUCAAGGGUGAGAUUACCCUGAUCGAAAUUGGCACCACACGUGGUGAGGCUUUCAUAUUUGAUGUGCGCACCUGUCCCGAAAUGAUUAACGAUGGAGGCAUAAAAGCUUUGCUGGAGCAUGAGAAUGUCAUUAAAGUGGUGCAUGAUUGUCGCAAUGAUGCUGCCAAUUUGUAUCUUCAGUUUGGUAUUCUGCUGAGGAAUGUUUUCGAUACACAGGCUGCCCAUGCUAUUGUCCAAUACCAAGAGAACGGCAAGCAGGUGUACAAGGCAAAAUACAUAUCAUUGAACUCACUGUGUGAGCAAUACAAUGCCCCCAUAAAUCCCAUCAAAGAGCAGCUUAAACAAAUAUAUCGUCGCGAUCAGAAAUAUUGGGCCAAAAGGCCACUGACACGCGAAAUGUUACUGUAUGCUGCCGGUGAUGUUUUAAUUCUAAUCAAUGAUCAACUAUAUGGAAAUCUAUCAAGACAAAUAAAGCCAGAAAAUUUACAAUUAUUUUCUGAACUUUGUACCGAACAAAUUCUCAUGCAUAUCAAACCAAACGAAGUGAAAAUUCGUAAGAAGCAACGAAAAAUCAGCACUGAAGUUUCUGAUCUCAAGCAAAAAUUAGCGCAAACGAAUAAAAGUAUCGUACUAUCAAAUAGGGAGAUACGUUUAUUAAGAUAUAUGGACUUGACUGAAGAGGAAAAGGAGCGCCUCAAGGGUUAUUACAAAGUUGCCAAAAAGCUAGAGAAAAUGGAAUCAUCUGGCCAACAGAACAAAGAUCAAAGCGAUUCCGAAGACGAUCAGGAAGUCAAUGAAAAUGAUAAUUUCCCCAGUUUGGAUUCAGUGCCAUCGGAUAAUUCAUUGACAGGCACGUUUUCACCACGUUUUAGUUCCGAACCACCCAGCUUGACGGAGUCUAUGCAAAUGAUGGAUGAGAUUUUGGCCAAUCAGUCAAUGGAUCGUGUAGCCAAAAUUGAUAAACUCGAGGCGAUAUUAUCGGCUGUGACUCUAUUGCCAAGUGAUCAAAUUAUCACUUCAAAUGAUCAAUUGGGCACUACCAUAGCCACAACGGAUAAUUUGCAGAUUGUCAGAGAGAAAACGAAAAAUUUACUUCAGGUGAUUGUUGAGCCGGAGUAUAGUGAAAGCGUUGCAUUUGAGAAGUCUGAUUCCAAAAUAUUUACAUAUCCAGUGAAUGGAGAGAAAAUUAAAGGUCACAGUGCCUCUUCUCAAAGAUGGAAGAAGCUUUUGCAGCGUUACAUUUCAGUGUGUAUGCUGUACGCAUGCGGCAUGAAAAACUGCAACUGUGUUGGAGAACGCAGCACCACACCCACCGCCACAGCGCAUGUGCGCCAGACCAUAGAUAAAGGCCAAGUAAGAAUGAUUGACGCAGCAUCACAAACACUAAGCACCGGUGAUAUAGUCAUAACCAAAAUUAUAUUCGAGGAUGAACAUGAAAAGGCCAAAGAGAAGGUGUUGACCUCAUCACCGAAGCGCAAUAAUUCAUAAAUCCAACAAUAGGUGGCUCUCAAAAGCCUUCGAAAAGAGAGCAAGAGAGAGCAAUAGUCCCAAACACAAUGUUUGAAGAGAUUUUUAUUAACAACAGAAAAAAGAGAUCAACUGAGAAAAAAAGAAAAAAAAAACACACACACACACACACACACAUAAAUGAUUCCUAAUUAAUGAAAAGAGAAGAAAGCAAAAAAAAAAGAAAAACUUAAGAAACAAACUUGAUUAAAAUUAUUAUAGCUCUACAACUUAUUUUUGUUGAUAAUUUUUUUCCACAAACUAAAUACUACAUUUAUUUAUGGUAAUUAAUUAUUAUUAAAACUUUUAUUAUUAUUGUAAUAUUUUUUUUUGUUUCCCUAGGGAAUUAAAAGUGAGAAAGAAUUAUAGUUAAAAAGCCCCUUCCCACAAGAUAAAACCCUAAGCAAUAUUGUAGUAUGUGCCUAAAUGUUGAACAUUUAUUGCUAAACAAACAAAAAAAUAUAAAAAAUUUAAAAAGAAAAAAAAAAAACGUAAAUAAAAAUUUCAUUUUCAUUUCCCUUCCGGCAAGAGAAGUAGAAGAAUUGAAAUUAUCUUUUCGCGACACAAGAGAAACAAAACAGAAAUCUAACAAUUCCUUUAUUUUAUGUUAAAUGUUAAAAUUUAAUCAACCAAAAAAAAAAAAACAGAAAAUUUACUAUUGAUUUUUUUUUCUUCUCAUGUAUACACAUUUAUUAUUAUCGUUGAAAAAAAAAUUUUAACAUUUUUGUUUUUUAAUUUUUUUUUAUAUCCCAAAAACAAAACAACCAGAACACAUUCAAACAUUAUUUGUAAAAUGAACGAAAAUCAGAUUAUAUAUAAAUUCUUUAUAGGUAAAACGAAAAACAAAAACCACAAAAAAACUACGGAAACAAUUAUAUCAUCAUUUAUUGCAAAUAAAAUAAAAAAAAACUAAAAAAAUACAUACAUA